AUGCAGGAGACGCAGAUCCUGAAGCAGCACGAAGCCCUUCCGGCGCAGCUGCAGCAGGUGCAGGGGUCGCAGCAGCAGGAGCAACAAGCAGGCGACGCCACCAAGGGCCCAGCAAACGGAGAGUGGGCCGGCAACGACGGCGACCUCGCAACCAAGGUGCGGAAGCCGUACACGAUAACGAAGCAGAGGGAGCGGUGGACGGAGGACGAGCACAACAAGUUCCUGGAGGCCCUCAAGCUCUACGGCCGCGCGUGGCGCCGCAUCGAAGGCAAGCCACACCCUUCCGUGCCCUCGCCCU